AUGGCGACCGACUCGAGCGAACCGAUCAGUGGAGCCGGACCAGCAAGCAAUGUGGUGGCACAAAAGGUGACCGAGUUCUACUGGGAUGCGGUUAUCAUCAGGGUUGAAGAUGGGCUGUUCUGCGUCCCGCGAUACGGACUUGUCAACGCAUCGGCGGUGUUCUCAGAUAUGCUCUCACUCCCGUCUGGUCAAGAUGGGCCGGCGCCAGUUGAAGGAACAGACCCCGCCCAUCCCAUUGUACUCGAAGGAUACAAGAAGGACGAGUUUAAAUGUCUCCUCAGACUCCUCUAUCCCAGCGCGGAGGACAUAAUCUCCGAGACAUCUGUCCGCUUGACCCUAAGCAAAGACCAAUGGAUCAGUGUCCUCAAACUUUCGACGAUCUGGGGUAUGAACAAAAUUCGUAGCCAUGCAACUCACCGGUUGUCGACAGAGAUUACUCUGAGCCCCACUGAGAAGAUAGCAUUGGCCAGGGCUCACAGGGUUUCCAAAUGGCUCGAGGAGGGAAUUACAGCGUUGACGACAUCCACCGAUCCGAUUAAGCUGAUGGAUAUGGUUGAAGCCGUCGGGUGGAAGACCGCUGCGCAGAUCCUUUCAAUACGGGACCACAUUGCAAAUGCUAAACCUGGACAAAAUGGAGGGACCUUGGAAUUUAGAAGAGACAACAUCAUAUGUUACUCCUGCGAAGGGGAGGUUUCCUGGGCGGCACCCAACUGCACAAGCUGUCGUAGAGAGUUGAGCGACCAGGCCAAGCUCAAGUACUCAUCCACUGCUACCCAGCAAAACGGUGUAUACCUAGACAUAUAUGCAAACAAGGUCCAAUGCGAGUUCUGCAAUAGCUUGCCCUUUCGAAAUCAACAUCUAGCCUGCCAAAACUGCGAUUGGGGAGGUUACGGGCAUAAAAACACUUGGAUACGAGUAAAACCCGGCCCUGAUGUGGAUGGUAUGAUCAAGGAGAUGUUUGGUGACGAGAUUGAGGAGUACAAGGACCACAUGUAG